GCUAGAAUGCGGUGCUCUGGUUCCCGGGGUUAGCGCUAGCCCCGCCUUUAUUUCGCACAAUUCCUGCCGGAUGGAGCGCCGUCCCUCAGUUGGUGCUGAAGGUUGUGCGUAAAUGCGCACCGCAUCGCGGUGGUACAGCGGGAAGCAUCCUUUACCGAUUUUUACAUGUUUCACUUCACCGAAAGUACAGCGAAGGGGGACAGCGUCUGGCUGCCUGUACGUUUUUUUCAGCGGAGCUAGAUGAAAUACAAAAUAAUGUACAGAUUUCUGCGCCUGAAUCCACAUAUUGAAUAUGAAACAACAAGAAAAAUACAGAGGCAUAACUGUAAUAUUUUUAGGAAUUAGAAUCAGUGGCUUCUAUCACUGUAUUUUUUGUUUUUGACUUUGAAACUUUGUACUUUGUUUAUCUAGAACACCGUUCACCUUCCGCCGAGCACAGUUUUUUGUUUUGUUUUUACUUUGCGCGAAAUAGGUGAAUGAAGCAGAAUAUGGGCAACUCAUAAGGAGAUAAACGACGGAGCUAGGUUUUGGAUGUUCCUGGAGUUAACGGACGGAAACCUGGACCUUGUUUUAAUUUAAUCUUAUGGCUUGAAGGGCCCGCCCCUGGCCCCAGCCAAUCACAGCCCAUGGAUUUCCUCACGGAGCACGCCUACAAUGAGACGCUGUACGAGAACUCGACGGACAGCCUCAACGGGACGGAGCGAGAGAGGAGGCAUCAGUACAACUACUACGCCAUGCUCCUCACCCUCCUCAUCUUCGUCAUCGUCUUUGGCAACGUGCUGGUGUGCAUGGCCGUGUCCAGGGAGAAGGCCCUGCAGACCACCACCAACUACCUGAUCGUCAGCCUGGCUGUGGCAGACCUGCUGGUGGCCACGCUCGUCAUGCCCUGGGUGGUCUACCUGGAGGUGGUUGGAGAGUGGCGGUUCAGUAAAAUCCACUGUGACAUCUUUGUCACCCUGGAUGUGAUGAUGUGUACAGCCAGCAUCCUUAAUCUCUGUGCUAUUAGUAUCGACAGGUACACAGCGGUGGCCAUGCCGAUGCUGUAUAACACGCGCUACAGCUCUAAGAGACGGGUCACAGUCAUGAUCUCUGUGGUUUGGGUUCUCUCUUUUGCAAUAUCCUGCCCUCUGUUGUUUGGCUUAAACAACACAGCCACGCGUGACGACGCCCUGUGCGUGAUCGCAAACCCCGCCUUCGUCGUGUACUCCUCCAUCGUGUCCUUCUACGUUCCCUUCAUCAUUACGCUCCUCGUGUACGUGCAGAUUUAUGUGGUCCUUCGCAAGCGCCGGAAACGCGUAAACACCAAGCGCACCUGCCAGCCGGCCGACGUGGACACCAACGCCACCCUGAAGGAGAAAUGCACCAAUCCGGAGGACGUGAAACUGUGCACCGUGAUCGUGAAGUCCAACGGAAGCUUUCCUGUCAGCAAGAAGAAAGUGAUCUUCAUUCAGGAGGUUGUGCAGCGAGGGGAAGAUGCAGAACUGAACACUAUGGCUGGUGCCAACCCUCCAGAGAGAAAGAGACUCACGUCCACCGCCCAGCCAGCUGUGCCCUCCACCCCUAACCCCUGCCAAAGCUCCGCCCCUCCCUCGCCGCCUGAAAGCCCGCUCAAAGCAGAGAAGAACGGACACACAAAAGGCCCUCAAAUCCCCAAAGUUGCCAAAGCCUUUGAGACCCAGGCCUUGCCCAACGGCAAAACCCGCUCAUCGGUAAAGACGCUCAGCAAGAGGAAGAUCUCACAGCAGAAGGAGAAGAAGGCCACUCAGAUGCUGGCCAUUGUCCUGGGUGUGUUUAUUAUAUGCUGGCUUCCAUUCUUCAUCACUCACAUUUUAAACACUCACUGCACAAAGUGCCAGGUCCCGGCCGAGAUGUACAACGCCUUCACCUGGCUGGGAUACGUGAACAGUGCGGUUAACCCCAUCAUAUACACCACCUUUAACAUCGAGUUCAGGAAGGCCUUCAUCAAGAUACUCCACUGCUGAGGAUAACAUUCACAGAAGCAAAAUGGAGAGAGCAGCCAGUGUCUGGAUUUAUAAGACAGCUGAUCCGAACAAGGUCAGCGCAAACAUGUGUCCAGCUCAUACUGUGCCUUCAGAUGAGGUGGUAUGAAGAGACCUUUCGCAAAAGACGGCUCAUAUUUCAUAAUUCAAAACAUGUUUCGAGGGAUAUCCAUUUCUCAUUUGAGGAGGGAAAAGUCCAGGGUCAAUGGAUUCAGCAUCCUGGUGGACCACACUGCCGUAAACGGGAAUGAAAAUUGUCUUCAGGGAAUUUGACAAUGAGAACUGAACUGGGAGAGAAGUUUGAUUUUUGUUAAUAUUAUGGAUUGAUGUUGUUAUAAGCACAAUGGGCAGUGGGGUUCAGUGCUUGAAUCCACAAGGCCACUUAGGAUGUAAAUGGACUGUCUCGGCUGGGAGAAGAUGUGCGGUUUGUAGGUGGACAUUGUUUUUCUGCUGUGCCAAUUUCCUGAUUAUUGAUGUGGACGGACUGAGUUUGCUGGUCGCUGUCUGGCUGGUUUGGUUUGGGAUUCACUGUAUGACAUUUCUAGGAGAGCAGCUUAGAGAGAGGUCACCAAUUCAGUAUUAAUUU